AUGGCCGCCACCGUGGCCGCGCGGUGGUGGGAGGACGCGGCGAUCUCGGUGGGGAUGGUUGCCGUGCAGCUUGCCGGCGCGGCGUACAUGGUGGUGCUGACGCCGAUCCUGGCGCUGGGCCUGGACCCGCUCUUCCUGGUGACUUUCGGCAGCCUCUCCACGGGGAUCCUCACCCUCCCUUUCGCCCUCAACCUCGACAGGAACAAAUGGCCAUCGGAGCUGAGCAAUAGGUUGAUCCUUGAGUUGGUGGUGCUGUCUCUGGGAGGGGUGACUGUGUUCCAAGCCCUCAUGCUGGAUGGCAUGAAGAAGACAUCCCCCGCCAUCGCCUCCGCGAUGCUGAACCUGGCCCCGGGAUUCAUCUUCGUUGUCGCGGGCUGCCUCCGGUUUGAGAGGGUUGAUCUCAAGUGCCGGUACACAAGAGCCAAGAUAGUGGGGACUCUUCUGUGCCUGGGGGGAGCCAUCACCAUGAGCAUCCUGCAGAGCCCUGCCACUCCACCGGGCCGAAGAUCGCCAGACCUAGCAGCCUGGGUCGUCGGUUGCCUGUGCCUCCUGGGUGCGGUGCUCGUGCUCUCGGGCACGAUAAUCCUGCAGGCAGCAACCCUGAUCCGUUUCCCGGCACCUUUUACCCUCUGCGCCAUGACCUCACUCAUCGGCGCCUUGCUGACAGGGAUGUUCCAGGUGUUUACCACAGGGAGGCUCGGCCCUGGGACGCCCCAGAUCAGCACCGGAAUAAUCCUCUCCCUUGUGUUUGUGGGUAGUCUGGUGAGCUCCGUGUCCAUCAUGUACCAGACGUGGGUGCUAGAGAAGAAGGGGCCUGUGCUCGUCUCACUGUUUAGCCCCACGCAGACCGUGGGUUCCGCAAUCUUCUCCGCCCUCUUCUUGGGGCGGGUGGUGCAACCAGCAAGCAUACUAGGGAUGGUAUUUCUUUUCUCCGGCCUUUAUGCAGUUCUGUGGGCAAAGAAGAAAGAAGGCCAUGUUCUUCCUCCUGCAGACAGGGUCGUGGCAGACGAUAUAGAGAAACCACUCUUGCUUCCACGCUAG